CGGGAGCCGCAGUGCCUCGACAUCCCGCCCGACAUGCAGCUCUGCCGCGACGUGGGCUACAAGCGCAUGCGGUUGCCCAACCUGCUGGAGCACGAGACCGUGGCCGAGGCCAAGCAGCAGGCCAGCAGCUGGGUGCCCCUGCUCGCCAAGCAGUGCCACACCGACACCCAGCUCUUCCUCUGCUCCCUGUUCGCCCCCGUCUGCCUCGACCGGCCCAUCUACCCGUGCCGCUCCCUCUGCGAGGUGGUGCGCGACUCCUGCGCCCCCGUCAUGGAGUCCUACGGCUUCCCCUGGCCAAAGUUCCCCGCCGACCACGAGCUCUGCAUCGCCGUCCAGUUUGGGAACAGCAAGGCAACCCCGCCGCCAGUGUCCAAGAUCUGCACCCAGUGCGAGAUGGAGCACAAGGCGGAUGGCAUGAUGGAGCAGAUGUGCUCCAGUGACUUCGUGGUGAAGAUGCGCAUCAAGGAGAUGACAGAGGAGAACGGGGAGCGGCGGCUGGUGGCCGCCCAGAAGAAGAAGGUGCUGAAGCUUGGCCCGCUCAAGCGCAAGGACACCAAGAAGAUGGUGCUGCACAUGAGGAAUGCAGGCACCUGCCCCUGUCCCCAGCUUGACAGCCUCAGCGGCAGCUUCCUGGUGAUGGGCCGAAAGGUGGGUGGCCGCCUGCUCCUCCUCGCUGUCUACCCCUGGCAGAAGCACAACAAGGAGAUGAAGUUUGCCGUCAAGUUUAUGUUCUCCUACCCCUGCCCCCUCUACCACCCCCUGCUCUAUGGGGCUGGGCAGCACUAG